UCAUGUAUAUAAAGCUAAAUCAUUUAAAUUUUAUCCGUUUUUAACGGUUGUUUUUUUCGAAAAUAGUUUAAAUCAAUAAAUAAAAUGGAAACCUAUUAUAAAUUCUUAGAUUUCAUUCAAUUCGGCCUAGUGCCGCGUAUUCCAUGGCUACAACAAACUGUAACGAACCUUGAACAAUGUCUGAAUAUUCCACAACGAUAUAUUAUACAGGCAUUCGUUGUUUUUAUAUUUUGGACAAUGGCAACAUCAUAUUUUUGUAUUCUAUUAAAAUAUAUUAUUUUCUAUCUUUAUCCAACUUAUCAAACAAUACGUGUUAUUCAUACCAAUGCAAAUAAAUCCGAAUUAAUUCAUUGGCUUAACUAUUGGACAGUAUUUGCUUGUAUUAUGCCAAUCGAACAUUAUGCACAUAACAUAAUUAAUUCAAUUCCGUUUAUUUCUUUCAUACAAUUAAUAUUCGGUUAUUGGUGUUAUUCUAAUUAUUUCAAUGGCUCAAGAAUAAUUAUGGAACGUUAUCUAUUACCACUUUAUCAAUGGAUUGAAAAGAAUAGUAUAGAUCAGAUUGGAUCAAAAGCCAUUGAUCAAUUAAUUGAAUUCAGUAAUAAACAAAAUAAUAAUGUUAAGAAAAAAGUACAAAAAUUUUCAACGGAAACAGUUACCAAUAAGCUAAACAAAAAGCUAUAAUCGUCUAUUUAAUGCAUUUAAAUGAAUCAUCAUCGAACACUUUGCCCAUAGAUAAAUGAAAGAAAAAAAAUUUGAUCAUAA